AUGGAUGAAAAAGAGAAGUUUGAACCUACUGUUUUCAGGGAUACACUGGUCCAGGGCCUCAAUGACGCUGGCGAUGACCUCGAGGCAGUAGCCAAGUUCCUGGACGCCACGGGCUCCAGGCUGGACUAUCGCCGCUAUGCAGACACCCUGUUUGACAUCCUGGUGGCCGGCAGCAUGCUAGCCCCUGGCGGGACCCGCAUAGACGAUGGGGACAAAACCAAGAUGACCACCCACUGUGUGUUUUUUGCCGUCGAAGACCACGACGCCAUCAGAAACUACGCUCAGGUCUUCAACAAGCUCAUUAGGCGAUACAAAUAUUUGGAAAAGGCGUUUGAAGAUGAAAUUAAAAAGCUCCUCCUCUUCCUCAAAGCCUUCUCAGAAACGGAGCAGACCAAGCUGGCCAUGCUCACGGGCAUCCUGCUGGCCAAUGGGACGCUGCCAGCCACCAUCCUCACCAGCCUCUUCACUGACAGUAUAGUCAAAGAAGGGAUCGCGGCCUCCUUUGCGGUGAAGCUCUUUAAAGCCUGGAUGGCCGAGAAAGAUGCGAAUUCUGUUACCUCUUCUUUGAGAAAAGCCAACUUGGACAAGAGGUUACUUGAACUCUUUCCAGUUAACCGCCAGAACGUGGAUCACUUUGCUAAAUAUUUCACCGAGGCAGGUCUGAAAGAGCUCUCUGAUUUUCUCCGGGUCCAGCAAUCCCUGGGUACUCGUAAGGAGCUCCAAAAAGAGCUUCAGGAGCGCCUCUCUCAGGAGUGCCCCAUCAAAGAGAUCGUGCUCUACGUCAAAGAGGAGAUGAAGAGAAACGCUCUGGCGGAAACGGCCGUCGUCGGGCUCCUGUGGACGUGCGUCAUGAACGCGGUCGAGUGGAAUAAGAAAGAGGAGCUCGUGGCCGAGCAAGCCCUCAAGCACCUCAAGCACUACGCGCCCCUCCUGGCCGCGUUCAGCUCCCAGGGCCAGUCGGAGCUGGUCCUGCUGCAGAAGGUGCAGGAGUACUGCUACGACAACAUCCACUUCAUGAAGGCCUUCCCCAAGAUCGUGGUCCUCUUCUACAAAGCCGACGUCCUAAGUGAAGAAGCCAUCUUGAAGUGGUACAAGGAAGCCCACGUGGCCAAAGGCAAGAGCGUCUUUCUGGACCAGAUGAAGAAGUUUGUCGAGUGGCUGCAGAAUGCGGAGGAAGAGUCUGAAUCGGAAGGGGAGGACAAUUAGCGGCCGCGCUCCGGCUCUCCAGGCCGCCACCAGGGCCUCUUGGGGAACGCUGUCUCCUUCAGGAAACGAGCCUGGCUCCCGCGCCUGUCCGGCUGCCCUGGUGUAGAGGGGGUCCCACCCCACUAGGGAGGCCCUGCCCGCCUCCCCCAGCCCCCCUCAGACGAAGCCAUCCAGCGGCCCGGCUUCCUCGGCUGUAGCCGCCCUUUCAGGUACCCGGCCAGGGGCUAUCGCGGGCUCGGGUCUCUACUUCUGUAUUUGCUUGUGUAUGUGAUCAGACAAAACCACUUUUUUAAAUAAAAAAAUAAUAAUAAUAAAUGGCUUUUUUAAAAAUCA